AAAAGAUUCGAAAAAGAGAGAUGGACCAAAACGGCGGUUUAUUCGGACGUCAGCAGCACUAACUAAGAAAGAAAGAAGAGAGGCUUAAGGCUCUUCUCUUCUCUUCUUCCUUUUGCUUCCUUCUCCAAAUUAUCCUGACGCGUCUCUCUUUCUCUCUAGAAGACUAAAAUUUUUCCUUUUUAUGUUUCUUUUGGGUUUUGAAUUUUCUCACCAAAGAUUUGUCUUUUCCAAGGAAAGUUCUUGAUUUUUUCUCUUCGUGUUUUAAGGGUUUUUCAAUUGAAACAUUUUCAAUCUCCGAAUUUUUAGUAACCUAACCACAUCAAUCUACUGAUUGUUUUCCGUUCAUCGUGAUUUCUCAAGAUUUGAUUUUUUUUUUUUUUUUUUUGAAAAUUUGAAUUUUGAGAUUCUGUUCCUCUUUGAUCAUCAUCACUAGGGUUUCUGUUUCCAGUAAAAAAGUUUGGAUUUUUCUUGGUAUAAUUUAGGAAUGAGGAAGCCCAAGUUAUCGAAACUCGAGAGGUUAGAGAAAUUCGACAUGUUCGUCUCUCUUAGCAAGCAGAGAUCUGUUCAGAUACUAAUGGCGGUUGGGUUACUCUACAUGCUUCUAAUCACAUUCGAAAUCCCUUUCGUCUUCAAAACCGGGCUUAGUUCCUUGUCUCAGGAUCCGUUAACCCGACCCGAGAAGCAUAAUAGCCAACGAGAAUUACAAGAGAGACGAGCUCCGAGUCGACCUUUUAAGAGUCUGCUUUACCAGGAAUCACAAUCGGAACCACCGGCUCAAGGUUUAAGAAGGAGCACUCGGAUCUUAUCUAGUUUGAGAUUUGACCCGGAAACGUUUAACCCGAGUAGCAAAGAUGGGUCAGUGGAGCUUCACAAAUCCGCUAAGGUAGCUUGGGAAGUUGGUCGAAAGAUAUGGGAAGAGCUUGAGUCUGGGAAAACGUUGAAAGCUUUGGAGAAGGAGAAGAAGAAGAAGAUUGAGGAACAUGGGUCAAACUCGUGCUCUCUCUCUGUUUCCUUAACCGGGUCUGAUCUUUCGAAACGUGGGAAUCUCAUGGAGCUUCCAUGUGGUUUAACUCUUGGGUCACAUAUUACAGUGGUUGGGAAGCCAAGAGCUGCUCAUUCGGAGAAGGACCCGAAGAUAUCGAUGUUAAAGGAAGGAGAUGAAGCUGUUAAGGUUUCACAGUUUAAGUUGGAGCUUCAGGGUUUGAAAGCAGUUGAAGGAGAAGAGCCACCUCGGAUCCUCCACUUGAAUCCAAGGCUUAAGGGUGAUUGGAGUGGUAAGCCUGUCAUUGAGCAGAACACUUGUUAUAGAAUGCAAUGGGGUUCAGCACAAAGAUGUGAAGGAUGGAGAUCUAGGGAUGAUGAAGAGACUGUUGAUGGUCAGGUUAAGUGCGAGAAAUGGGCUCGAGAUGAUAGCAUUACAUCUAAAGAAGAGUCUAGCAAGGCGGCUUCAUGGUGGCUUAGUCGAUUAAUAGGUCGGAGCAAGAAAGUAACUGUUGAAUGGCCAUUUCCAUUCACAGUUGACAAGCUUUUCGUGCUUACACUUAGUGCUGGGUUGGAAGGUUAUCAUGUUAGUGUCGAUGGGAAGCACGUUACGUCCUUUCCAUACCGAACUGGAUUUACGCUUGAGGAUGCUACUGGUCUAACCAUUAACGGAGACAUAGAUGUUCACUCGGUUUUCGCUGGCUCUCUCCCAACCUCGCAUCCUAGUUUUUCUCCUGAGAGGCACCUUGAGCUCUCGAGCAAUUGGCAAGCCCCAUCACUUCCUGAUGAGCAAGUUGAUAUGUUCAUUGGUAUCCUUUCUGCUGGUAACCAUUUUGCUGAGCGGAUGGCUGUGAGGAGGUCGUGGAUGCAACAUAAACUCGUGAAAUCUUCCAAAGUAGUCGCUCGGUUCUUUGUUGCACUGCACUCGAGGAAAGAAGUAAAUGUGGAGCUAAAGAAGGAAGCUGAAUUCUUUGGAGACAUAGUUAUAGUCCCUUACAUGGACAGUUAUGACCUUGUCGUCCUCAAAACCGUUGCAAUUUGCGAGUACGGGGCUCAUCAACUUGCUGCUAAAUUCAUCAUGAAGUGUGAUGAUGAUACAUUUGUACAAGUGGAUGCGGUUCUUAGUGAAGCGAAGAGAACACCUGCCGAUAGAAGUCUAUACAUUGGCAACAUCAAUUAUUAUCAUAAACCACUCCGCCAGGGUAAAUGGGCUGUUACAUAUGAGGAAUGGCCAGAGGAAGACUAUCCACCUUAUGCUAAUGGCCCUGGAUACAUAUUAUCAAACGAUAUCUCUCGCUUCAUAGUGAAAGAGUUUGAGAAACACAAAUUAAGGAUGUUCAAAAUGGAAGAUGUAAGUGUGGGAAUGUGGGUAGAACAAUUCAACAAUGGUACAAAACCGGUGGACUACAUUCACAGCCUCAGGUUCUGUCAGUUUGGUUGCAUAGAGAAUUACUUGACGGCGCAUUAUCAGUCGCCAAGACAGAUGAUAUGCUUGUGGGAUAAGUUGGUGUUGACAGGCAAACCUCAGUGCUGCAACGUGAGAUGACACAUACCAAAUCCUCUGUUUCUCUUUGGUUUAUAAGAGGAAAUAGAAAUUCGAAGAGGUUUUUUGGGUUUUUUUUUUGUUGAGUAGCAUUUUAUAGAUAUAGCUUUGGUUGUAUUAUAUCAUCUUGAUCUUAAGCAACGAAUCUAAAAUAGAUGUUAUCUUUUGGUCGAAUUCUCUAUUAAUAUUC